AAGAAACCAAGAUACACAGAAUAUGGAGGGCCAGACAAGCUGCUUGAUUCUUGCACUGCUGUGUUUCCUUCACCUGACCUCCUCUAGUAUUGAAACCUCCAGUGUCCCCAAAGAGAACCCGGCAAAGGAAAUGAUUCGAGUCGGGCUAGUUUUCAGCAUGAGCUCAUCCAGGGGGAAGAUGGUGGAGAGCUGUAUAUCCAUGGCGCACUCCGAUUUCUAUGGCGCGCACCCCGACUACCGUACCCGAUUGUCGCUUCUCGUAAGAGAUCCAAAGGAUGACGUCGUCGAUGCGGCAUCAGCAGUUGUAGACUUAAUGGAGAAUGAAGAAGUCCAUGCAAUCCUGGGCCCAGAAUGGUCCUCGCAAGCCAAAUUUGUAAUCGACUUAGGAGCUAAAGCUCGAGUCCCAAUCAUAUCCUUCUCAGCUACAAGCCCAUCCCUUUCUCCCAUGCGAAGCCAUUAUUUCGUUCGGACAGCCUACGAUGACAGUUCACAAGUUGGUGCUUUAGCGGCUGUAGUUCAAGCUUAUGGUUGGAGGGAAAUAACCCUUGUUUAUGAAGACACUGACUAUGGCAACGGCUUGGUUCCAUACCUUGUUGAUGCUUUCCAAGAGGUCGAUGCUCAGAUCUCUUAUAGAAGCGUUAUUCCUCCAUCUGCGGAGGAUGUCGACAUCGUAAAAGAGCUCAAUAAGUUGUUAACGAUGCAGACAAGAGUGUUUCUUGUUCACAUGACCGCCGUGAUCGGGUCUAGGUUCUUUGUUCUAGCGAGUAAUGCGGGACUGAUGAACGAGGAGUUUGCGUGGAUUGUCACCGAUGGUUUGUCGUCUUCACUAGACCCCGUCAGCUCUAAUGCUUUGAAGUCAAUGCAAGGUGUACUAGGCGUAAAGCCCCAUCUACCACCAUCGGAGUCUCGUAGAGAUUUCAAAGAGAGAUGGACGAAGGUUUGCGCCAAGAUAAAUCCACACAACGAGAUUGCUGAUCUGAGUCUCUUUGGCUUAUGGGCAUACGAUACAGUCACGGCAUUAGCCUUAGCAGGAGAGAUGGCAUGGGAGCCUGCAAAGUCUAGCUCCCUAAAGCCGAAUACCAGCAGAAACAAGCUCAACUUUUCGUCUAUCGGGAUUUCGGAGAUGGGCCCAAAAUUGCUUCACAACAUUCAAAGCAUCAACUUUCAAGGCCUUGGCGGAGAAUUUAACUUGCCCGACGGUGAACUUCAUCCCUCUGCAUUCGAAAUCUUUAACAUAGUAGAGAAUAAAGAGAAAAUCAUUGGAUAUUGGACUUUGGCACAAGGACUUUCACGCAAAUUGAAUUCAUCGACAAAGGUAUAUUACACAGCUUCAGCCAACGAUUUGAAAGCCCCUAUUUGGCCAGGACAUACACGAAAGUCACCAAAAGGUUGGGUGAUGCCGAUAUUAGGAAAGAAACUAAAGAUCGGGGUUCCAAAGAAAGACGGCUUUAGCGAGUUUUUCAAAAUCGAAUGGGAUCCGCAUACGAGCGUGCCCAGCUACUCAGGAUUCGUCCAUGACAUGUUUCUCACGGUACUGCAAGCAUUGCCUUUCGCUGUUCCUUACCGGUAUGUACCUUUUGUGAAUGAGAGCAGGCAAAGUGCAGGAACUUAUGAUGAUAUGCUGUACAAAAUUAAACUUCAGAAAUUCGAAGCCGUUGUAGGAGACACGACUAUCGUCGCGAAUCGCUCAACCUACGUCGAUUUCACACUUCCCUACUCAGAAUCCGGUGUAGCAAUGGUAGUCGCCAUUAAGGAUGACGAGCGGAGGAACAUGUGGGUCUUCUUAAAACCAUUGAGUUGGAAUCUCUGGCUAACGACCGGUUUGGCUUUCAUUUCUACUGGGCUAGUGGUGUGGCUGCUCGAACAUCGUACGAAUGAAGAAUUUAGGGGUCGUCGUAGUGAACAAAUCGGUUUUCUACUCUGGUUUUCCUUCUCCACACUGGUGUUUGCUCACAGAGAGAGGAUUGCAAACAACUUGACAAGGCUUGUGCUUAUCGUAUGGGUAUUUGUGGUGCUUAUCCUGACUCAAAGCUAUACUGCAAAUUUAGCUUCAUUUUUGACCGUGCAACGCUUACGGCCGAAGUUUGUCGACGUGCAAGACUUGAUAAGGGAUGGCCUUUUCGUCGGGUAUCAGAAAGAUUCUUUCGUGAAAGGACUUCUCGUGCGACAGCUCAAAUUCAACGAGUCCAGACUCAUUCCUUAUGGCUCGCCGGAGGAAUACCACGAGGCGCUAUCGAAAGGAAGCGAUAACGGAGGAGUAGCGGCAAUAUUUGAUGAACUGCCAUUCGUGAAAAUCUUCCUUGCCAGAUAUUGCAACAAGUACCAAAUGGUAGGACCAACCUAUAAAACCGACGGGUUUGGCUUUGCCUUUCCAUUGGGGUCUCCUUUGGUCUCCCACUUUUCAAGGGCAAUCUUGAAUGUCACUCAAGAUAAAGAGAAAAUGGACGCGAUCGAAAGAAAAUACUUCAGCAGCCAAAGCUCGUGCCAAGAUCAGGAUGCUGCGAUCCUGUCGGACAAUCUUAGCCUAAGCGUGGACAGCUUCGGAGGGCUCUUCAUCAUCACCGGCGUCGUCUCGGCAUCCUCAGUGUUUGUAUAUGUGGCUUCUUUCUUCUAUUCUCAUUGGCCUCGCCCGAGCGCGAUUCGCCGCGGGGAUUCCUCCCUUCGGUCCAAGCUUUCAGAAACUGCGAACAGCUUCUUUCGGGAGCACGGAUUAAUUGGUUUUUCGGAGAGAAAUAGAUCGCAGGUUGUUCCGACCUCGCGUUGUCGAAGUUGGGAGGGCUCUCCUAAUAGUGAAGUUGAAGUGAUGGCGAGGAGACCAAACGAAGGACAGAGGCCAGUACUCAUUAUACACGUUUGAAUAAUGAAGAUCGUGUUUUAAGACAAGCUCCUCGAGCAUGAGAACGAUUAUCACAUCUAGCCUAUGUAUAUGCACAUUUUAGCAAUUUCUCUUUUAUUUGAU